AAACCUAACCCCCUACUUAGUGCUAGAACCACUGCGUUUUCUUCCGUACCAUCUGCAACUACCAUUUACCAUCUGUCGCAACUGCAGCUACCAUCUAUUCGCUUUACGCUAGAAUCAUACCAUCAGAAGCGCAAUACUCGCCUGCAGCUACGAGCCAGCGUCACAAUGAUAAAGCGUCGCGACUAUCGCAUGCUGCAUGCCGAAGAUGGCCCCGCGGCUGCCUCCAGCGACGAAUCGAGUUCGUCGAGCGACGACGACGGCGCCGCGUCGUCAGAGGAAGAGGAGGUGCACGAAGGGGGGAGUGGGGAGAGUGAGGGGGGAGAGAGGGAGGGGGAAGGUGAUGAGAGUGGAGCGAGUGAGAGUGACACAGACGAAGAGGAGGAGGAGGAGGAGGAGGAGGGAGGAGCAGGGGGGGUGUCUUCUCAGUGGGAGGAGCUGGUGUCAGAGGAGGAGAGGGAGAGAGAGGAGGAGAGGAGGAGGAAGAAGAGGAGGAAGAAGGGGGGGAAGACUGGGAGUAGUGAGAGUGAUGGCAGCACCACUGACGAGAGCAGCGAGGGGGAGGAGGGAGAAGAGGACGGGGAGGGGAUGAGGAAGAAGAGGGAAGUGUGCCCUCGGGUGCUCUGUGUGAACAGUGACAACAUGAAGAAACACCUGGCGUCCAAGAAACACGUGGCAGCAGCGGUGCGGCACGAGAGGGGCGAGUCUAAGGUGAUGGUGAACAGCGAUGGGGAGGUGGAGGCGAUAGGAGAGACCCAUGCAGAGAGAUUCGAACGCACCAAAGCUGCUGCCGCCGCUGCUGCUGCCGAUGCUGCUGCUGCUGCGGCGGCUGCCGCUACAAGUCCUGGUGCUGCUCCUACUGCGGGUGCUGCAGGGAGCAUCAAGAAGCAGAAGGGAGAUGGCGGAAGGCAGAGGCAGCAGCGCCGCAAGCAAUUACAGCAGCAGAAGAAGAUGACUGCACAAGGUGCUUCCACAGGUGAUGUACCUGGCACGUCUGCUCCUGCUGCUGCUGCUGCUGCUGCUGCUGCUGCUGCUGCUGCUGCUGCUGGUGUGGCUGGGACCCCUGCUGCAGCUGCUAGUCUAAGAAAGCCUAAGAAGGAUUGUGCCGCCAAAGCAGCACCGUCACAUGAACGAGGUGGAGCUGCCAAGGGGAGUGGCGGUGCUGCUGCUGCUGGGCCUGGGGUGGGUCUGACCCCUGCUGCAGCUGCUAGGUUGAGAAAGCCCAAAAAAGACGGUGCUACCAAGGCAGCACUUUCAAGUGAAGGAGGUGGUGCGAAGGGGAGUGGUGGUGCUGGUGACAAGCAGCAGAGAGGGAAGGAGCAGAAGGAUUCGAUUCAGGGAUUGGGGCAGGGAAGAGUGGUUGCAGGGUCAACAACACCCACAGGGAAGCAGAAGCUACGAAGAGAAGGUGGCCGGGGGGGGGAAGAAAAAGGGGGAAAAGGCAAGGCGGAAACAAAGUAUGGGGAGCUGAAAAAUGGGCAAGAGUAGUAGGGAGUGCGUAGAUGUUGGGCAGGUGAAUGCCACCAGCAUGGAAUAUGCUCUAACGUACAUUGUGAAUAAUCUACCAUUAUUGUUUAUUAUGCGAAUGUAAUCUGUUUAGAGGUG